UCCCCCGCCGCCCCGCCUCCGCCCCGCCGCAUCCCCGCCCGCGCCCACCGACACCUGCUGCGUCGCCUUCCUCCGCGCCGUGUACCCGUCGGGAGGAGGCGGAGGGGACGACUGCCUCUGCCACCUGCUCCGCAACCCGUUCCUCCUCAGCUUUCCCGUCGACGCCGCCCGCCUCGGCGCACUCCUCCCCGCCUGCGCCGCGGGCAACUCCUUCGCCGCCGCCACCGUCGAGGCUGCCACCCUCUUCGCCGACGCCUGCCGAGAUUUGAGGAGUUUUUUUCCAAUGGUAGCGGCUCAAAUCCAAGUACUAAUUUAGUUGGUACUGUUGACGUGGAGACUGAAGAACAAGAGGACCUGCGCCCAAAACCCUACCCACCCCCAAACCCACCCCAACUGUAAACCUUCCCGCCUCCCCACCCUCCGCCGUGGGCGCGCGGGUUCCGGCGAACUCCUUCCGGCGCCGUGGCAGGUUUCAGGGCGCGUGGGUCGAAGGCGGCGGCCGAGAUGCCGUCCUUCUCUGCGGGUGCCUCCACGCAGAAGCAGCAGAACUACCAGAGGCGGAGGCAGCAGAUUCGGGAACAGCGGAAGUCGCUCCCCAUUGCUUCAGUGGAGAAGAGGCUAGUUGACGAGGUUAGGAAGAACGACACACUUAUCAUAGUCGGCGAGACUGGGAGUGGCAAAACUACUCAGCUACCUCAAUUUUUAUACGAUGGUGGGUUUUGUCAGGAUGGUAAAGUCAUUGGCAUCACUCAGCCUCGAAGAGUUGCGGCUGUUACAGUAGCUAAGCGUGUAGCUGAGGAAUGUAACGACCAGCUGGGCAAAAAGGUUGGAUACUCUAUCAGAUUUGAUGAUUCCACAUCCAAUGCAACACGGAUUAAAUAUAUGACUGACGGUUUGCUUCUGAGGGAAGCACUUUUGGAUCCACUUUUGUCCAAGUAUAGUGUUAUAGUGGUUGAUGAGGCUCAUGAAAGAACUGUCCAUACUGAUGUAUUACUGGGUUUAUUGAAAAAGGUGCAACAUUCCCGGGCCAAUGCCAGUAAGAAUGGGAAGACUUUGCCUAACGUGGGCCAUUCUCAAAAUUUAACUCAGAAGGCAUGUCAGGGAACAAGAUGUGCUCCUCUGAAGCUGAUAAUUAUGUCUGCUAGUUUGGAUGCCAAGUGUUUUUCUGAUUAUUUUGGUGGUGCCAAAACUGUACAUAUUCAAGGUCGGCAGUAUCCUGUUGACAUACUAUAUACUUAUCAGCCUGAGUCGGAUUAUCUUGAUGCCACUCUAGUUACUAUCUUUCAGAUUCAUUUGGAGGAAGGACCUGGAGACAUUCUCGCAUUUCUAACUGGCCAGGAGGAGAUUGAAUCACUUGAGAGACUUAUUAAUGAGCGUGCUCGUUUACUUCCACCAGAAAGUAGUAAGAUAUGGACCGCACCUAUUUAUUCAUCUCUCCCGUCAGAGCAGCAAAUGAAUGCUUUUAAGUCAGCAUCAGCUGGAACCCGCAAGGUAGUUCUAGCAACCAAUAUUGCUGAGACUUCUGUAACAAUACCUGGCAUCAAAUAUGUUAUUGAUCCUGGGAUGGUAAAAGCUCGUGCUUACAAUCCUGUGACUGGAAUGGAAUCAUUAAUCAUCAUCCCAGUUUCGAAAGCACAGGCUCUUCAAAGGAGUGGUCGUGCUGGACGUGAGGGGCCUGGGAAGUGCUUCCGAUUGUUCCAAGAAAGUGAGUUUGAUAAACUGGUAGAUUCUACUGUGCCUGAGAUCAAGCGGUGCAACCUAUCAAAUGUUGUUUUGCAACUCAAGGCUCUUGGAAUUGAUGACAUCAUAGGUUUUGAUUUUAUGGAGAAACCAUCAAGGACUGCUAUUUUGAAAUCGUUGGAGCAGUUAAUCUUACUAGGGGCUCUGACUGAUGAUUAUAAACUGUCAGAUCCAGUUGGCCAUCAGAUGGCUAGGCUGCCUUUGGAUCCAAUGUACUCCAAGGCACUAAUAGUGUCAAGUGAAUUCAAGUGCUUGGAAGAAAUGCUGAUUGUUGUAUCUAUGCUUUCAGUGGAAUCAAUCCUUUUCUUCCCACGCGAGAAGAUAGAAGAGGCAAGAGCUGCCCGGAAGGGUUUUGAAAGCUCGGAUGGGGACCAUAUCACCUUGGUGAAUGUCUAUCGCGCAGCUGCAGAAUGCUUGGAGAAGAGCAAAAAUGCAAAUGCCAAAGAGAGAACAAUGGACAAGGCUUUGACCAGAUGGUGCAGGGAAAACUUUAUCAACCACCGGUCUCUAAAGCAUGCUCGUGAUGUUCACAGUCAAAUUCAGGGUCAUGUCCAGCAGAUGGGUCUCAACCAGUCAUCAUGCGGAGAGGACAUGGCUCUGUUUCGGAGAUGCCUCACAGCUGCCUUCUUCUUGAACGCAGCGAUGCGACAGCCAGAUGGAUCGUACAGGGCUCUUGCGACAAGCCAGAGCGUCCAGAUCCAUCCUUCUUCUGGGCUUUUCCGGACCAAGCCGGACUGUGUCAUCUUCAACGAGCUGGUCCGGACAACGCAGAAUUACGUCAAAAACCUGACCCGGAUCGACCCAUUGUGGCUAGCGGAGCUCGCCCCACAGUACUACGCUACAGAGGAUUGAGCUUGAUUUAUGAAACGGCUUGGCGAGUAGGGAAGUGGAACGUUGGCUGCCUGGGAAAACGGCUGACUCUCAAGGACUAACCCACCCCACAUGCAAAUCAAAUUCAUUCACACCUAUCUAGAUUUCUACCAAUUUGUUGUAUUGUGGUGUUCCACGCUAGUAUUAAUCAAGUUUCCACCACGCCUGCGGUAUUUUGUU